GGCAACACUGCUCAGUUUGAAAAUUUAAGAAGCAUAUUUUCGUAUUUGUACUGUUUUCAUCACUAAUGAGUUGUUACUUGUCUCUUUCUAUAGAAGAGUCAUAAUGGAUAAAGAAAAUAGAACAAAUUCGAUUUUAAAGCCAACCACGAAUCCAUCAAAUCAACUACCAGGUUUUGAGUAUGAAGAAGAACAAACGGAAAAUUUUACUUUUUCACGGCGGAAAUCUUUUAAGAAGCGUGUUAGCUUUGCCGGAAGGGAUGAAAUAAAGGAAUUUCAAAAGCAUGAAGUAUUGACAGUUCAAAAGCUGGAAAAAGUAUUAAAUCAACUUCAGGAUGAAACAGAAUUUUUAAAAAUGAAUGAAUUAGGCGGUUGGGAUUCUGAAAAAGAAAAUAUAGACCAACAGACUUUGGUACUGAGAGAAAUAUCUGUUGCACAUGAUUACAUGGAAAUUACAAGUUUAGCAACUAUUGAAUGUGACACAAUUAAAAGCAUUGCCCAAGAAAUUGAAUCUAGAGAAAUGUCAAGCGGAUAUGACUGUAUGGACAUAACAACUAUAGCAAGCGAUGAAUCCAACAAAAAUGAAACCACUGUUCAAGAAGUUGAAAUGGAAGUAUGCUCCGAUUCUGUUGUGCAAAUUUCUGGUGUAAUUACUGUCAAAAACCACACAGCAACAGAAGAAUUUACACUGCCAUGCAUCCAGCCCAUACUUAUUGAAAAUAAUUUUUGUUGUGGCAAAAAUUCUAUGGAAAUAUCUGUUCCAGAGGUUGAAAUACCAAUAGUUCAAGAAAAUACAAUUCCUUCCUGUAUGCCUAAAGAAGUGACAGUUAAACAGUCAAGCAAAGAAUGUCAUGAAAUGAUAAUGGAAGAUGUCAAUACUAAUUGCUCGUCAGAGCUUCUAAAACCAACAUUAAAUGAAGCUGGAGUUAUAAUCUCUGAAAUGGUCCAGCCAGACAGUUGCAUGCUACAGAAAUUUAGCAGUAUUCAAGAACCUGUUCAAGAAGUGAAAUCUUUAUGCUCAGAUGAUUCAAAUGAGUUUUUAUUGCUUGCUAAGCAAUUUAACUGGGAGGUUUUGUUCUUUGACAGUCUGUUAGUCUUUUCAAAAAUCCAUGACUAUCUCACCUUGAAGCUCAAGCUUGAUGCUGAAUAUACCUAUCAAAAUGUUAAGCAUUAUGUUGUGGAAGAUAUUGAGAUUGACACCAGAAAAGACGUGGAACAGAAAUGGACUAGGUUCGGACUGAUGAUUCUUGAAACCUCUUUGGAAAACAGUAACCUUAGAGAGGUAUGCAGUAAUACGCAAGAUUUGCCGAAAUUAAUGUAUGUUGUUGAGGAGCACACUCGCAUGUUUGUUGACUUUGCUACUGAAGAUUCGCUAAAAUUCGAGCUGUUGGCCAACCAACGAUCUAUCCGAUUUCAUGCAGGUUACUCGGAUUUUAACGUAACAUUCGAAUCAUCAAAUUUGGAAAACCUUUCCUGGGUACGAAUUUCCUUGAAUCUAUUUCCUCGUUUACCCUUGUCAGCCAAAGACAUAUCGGUUGAAAGCAUAUUGGGGAUAGUUAACAAAGCUGAAAUAACAAACAUGAUUUCCAACAUACGACCGAGUACCCUUUACUUGACUCGCAUUGCGGAAUGUGUCGAGGAUUUCCUGAAAUUCCGAUCUGUGGACAACGAAAGAAAAAUGCUUAACUGUGCAAAACAUUGAAGUGUAUAAAUUUACGGUUUUAUUUUAUGCAUACACGAUUCGGUUUUUUAAA